AAGCUGAAACGAACCGAAAGGAGUUUGAAUUUAUGGCCGAAGUCUGAACCUCAUGACGAGACACAACGACGGAUAAUCAUGUUCAGUUUCCUUGGACUCCGCAACAACUCAAAGAAGUCCACACCCGAGAAGGAAGUAGAUGGAGGCUUUGUUGUCAUUGGAGAGACCGUUGAAGAACAGAGGAGGAAGAUGCAGAGCAUGAACAUCGCACAGCCGUCAACAAACGUCAUAGUGCAGCCAUCAAGGUCAUCCUGUACAGGUCCAGCUCAGCCCACCGACACAAAGCACCAUGCAGCUUCCCCUGCCGGCGCGCCAGUAGCCGGGCCCUCAGCGGUGGAAGCUGCUUCAACUCUGCCAGAUCUCCUCGGGGAUGUCCCCUUCACUCUGGCUCCCCAUGUCCUGGCCAUGCAGGCAGGGCUCCCCCUAAUUCCUGAUGUGCUGCUGUCCCGGGACAUAAACUACAACCUGACUAGUUUCCACUACGACUUCACUUUAGAGAACUCGGUGCUUCAUAAUGCCUAGUCCGUUCAAGUUUUAUUAUCAGGAGUUCACACUGUGGGGAUCUUGGCUGAUUGUUGCUUAUUCGAGAGCUUCCAGGCCUACAACAUAUUGAACGUGCUCAUGUGAUUCUGUAGCAUUAUGAACAAGUAAAAGCUCACAAAAAUACAUUAAAGCGCCCAUAUUAUGCUCAUUUUCAGGUUCAUAACUGUAUUUUAAGAUUGUACCAGAAUAGGUUUACAUGGUUUAAUUUUCAAAAAACACCA